AUGCGAACACAUCCCGUGUUCUUAUCGAAGUUUAGAAUAGUUUUGCUUUUACCGUGGAUCGGAUCCUACUUUUACCGUUUAUAUUGCCUUGAUCCAGAUUCACCUCCGAAAGCGUUUCGAAAAGAAGGCCAGUCUCUACAGCGAACGAGUCUGCACUUCUAG